UUGAUUUGACAUCUUCAGACUACAGGAUCGCAACAUCAGAUUGGCCUGCCUUGUCGCGUUGCUCUCAAGAUCCUCGCGGCGGAAUCAGUACUGCCAAUUGCGCUUGCUGACCGCAAAAUGGUAGAAGAUUGAGCUUGCGCAGACGCCGCAUCAGAUUCUCAGGGCCAGGUGGGAGGGCACGGCUGGUCAUGACGACAAAAUCAAUCACGCCGCACCGUACCCACCAUGCCUGGCGCAAGUCCAUGUCCGACAAAGCUGUUGUGGCAUGGACACCCUUGCGUCGUCCUUGACUCGCCAUCCCAUUCUACAACUCACGCAGAAGGAAUGCUCUCGGUCAAGGUGCUCGCCAAUGUCUUCGCCUACCUGGCUCUUUUGAGCUCGGCAGAGGUCACCGCUGCUGCCGUGUCCGCCGGGUCCAUCAGCCCGCGCUCGGCACUGCAAGUGCAAGUGCCUGAGCAGAGGGAGAUCGACUUCACGCAGGGCAAGACACUCUCUCGUGUGGAACCCAAGCCCGAGACGGAAGACGCGCUCAAGCCUCGCGAGAUAUCUUUGCCUGUGUCGGGGAUUCGCCCCGGCUCCAUGAUCGAGUCUGUCGGCGAGGACGUCGGGGGGUCCACCCAGGUCAAGACGCACGCAGAGGCAGCUGAGGCGCAGACGUUGCCGCUUUCGACCUGCUGCUCGAACUUUGGCGCCUUGACCUGCUGCGACGACGACAACCCAGCUUGCUGCGACGCCUACCCUACCCUCGCAAAGGCAAGGGAGGAGGAGGGGCUUAUUUCUGGGGAGGCCGACGCUCGCAAAGCAGCCUCUCCUGCUUCCGCGUCGUAGCUCAUUGCUUGACGAUAUGGUUUUCAGGCCGAUACGCUUCAUUCACAUGCCCAGUCGUACACGUCGUGCUGCGCUUCCCUUCGGUAUCUUGUGCCAAGCUGCUGUCAAGUCUCUCGUCAAAUGCUACUGAUACAUACGAACGGCAGCAAGUUCAGUCGUCGGGCUAGCCCGCUGU